CACUCAGCGCAGCUGUAGAGCUGCCAGCUGCGUAGUGCUAGUGCGUACAAAAAAUCCAAAAACUAUAGGUUAUAUCAUAGAUUGAUGAUCAAUUUACAAAAGUGUAUACUUACCAAUAAUAUUCUAUUCAAUGUGAAUCUAUAGUCAUCUUAUAUCUGAUAACAGUAAAUCAGAGACAUUUAGACAACAGCAAGUUUUUUACUGUAUUAAUAUGGCUGAAGGAUUUGCUCAAGGCUCUAAAAAAUCUUACGGAGCCACAAGAGAUGAGCCUCUGCCAGAUGUCAGCUUUGCUGGUUCCCAUUACAAUCAGGGUGAACAGCUACCAGCUGCUCUCAUUGAUAACAUCACUUCCAAAGUGCAAACAAUCUGUUCGAGUUGGAAGCAAUUACAACAGGCAUCGAAAAACAUUGGCACUCAUAAAGACAGUAAGGGACUACGUGAUGAAGUAAAAGUCACGCAGCUAAGCACGAACCAAAUAAUUGAUCAAACAAAAAAAGAUAUUAAGAAAUUGGCGGGAAUAUCGAGACAGAAAGGCGACAUGUUAUUGAAACUGCAAAUUAAUCGAUUAACCAGUAUGUUCAAAGAAGCUGUUGAGACGUAUAGUUCCGUUCAAAAGGAAAUCGCGGAUAAAAUGAAAUUUUGUCAAUUGCCAUCGGAACUGGCGUUGAUUGAGGACAGUAAUCGGCAAUUCGACUACUCUGAUGAUGCCGAAAAGUCACUGAUGCGGAAUCGACAGAGCGAAAUACGAGAUUUGGAGUUUGAGCAAGGCAUGAUACUGGAACGUGAACAGCAAGUCAGAAGAAUCGAAAACGAGAUAAUUGAUGUUAACCAGAUAAUGAGAGAACUUGGAUCUGUUGUUUAUCAGCAAGCUGAAUCUAUCAAUAGUAUUGAAAACGCAAUAGAAAACGUGGCAGUAGGUGUUCAAUCUGCGGAAGAGGAGUUGGAGAAAGCAGCUACAUAUCAGAACAAACGACGGAAAUCAGCCUUCAAAUUAGCUGUCAUAGCUAUCGUAUGUCUGUUGAUACUUCUUCUAUUGGUUUACAUAUCUUUAAGAUGAAUUUAAGUUUAUUUACACCUCCAAUGCUCAUGCAUUUGAACGUAUUUCUUGAUAGAUACUGUAUUAUGUUACUAGAAGUAAUCUGAUUUGUAAGUCAUAAAUUCUUAUCAGAAGAAUAUCUAUAUAUCUAACUAUAUAUCGUGUGGCAGAGAAGACCCAGAGUCCUAACUCCGCUCUUAAUAAAGGCAAUAAUUCAAUUUAAUCCAACCUGCCCUAAGUUUGGAAAUAAUAUGCGUUACCAGUAAUAUAAAGUUGUUUAUAACUUGGAAACAGUUGAAAUAUAUAAAAAUCAGGUAUGGGGCUCAUGCUAAUAUUUCCCCAACUAUAUUUUCAAAGAAUAUCUUUGGAAGCUGUUAUCAACUGAUGUAUAAUCAAACUGACACAUAAAAUGUGCAUAGAAAACAUAAUCGAAUGGAUGAUUAUCCAGUAACUGUUGAUAAAUUUUCUUUCAAGUAGGCCUAUACCAUAUACGAGAAAAAAUGUAUCCUAACGUCUGGUGGCUUGAAGCUCUAAUGGUUUUUUAUUUAUGAGAUCAAUAUUUCAGUUAUCCAUCUGAAAGUAGCUCUUUGUUGAAAAAACUAGUUAGAUGAAUAUGCAUUUGGACCAUCGUUGAUUCGUUGAUCUGAAGAGACUGAGUUAUCACGAUUGUAGGAGGGCAAUCAUUUUAGGUAUUAUUUUUCAAGUUUUUACAUGAAUACUUAUUUCUCCUUCUGUAGUAAUUAUACUUGAUCUAUAAGCGAAUACUUAUUAAAAUUCCACCACAGAUAUCAUACAUUGUGUUUCACAGUGAAUUAUAAAAGUUAUUAACUUUUUUGGCGUUGCCUCUGAGGUCGAUAAAGCAAAUCAGGUGUCAAAUGCGUGUUACUUUGUGAGACCAUAAAAGUGACUACUGUAGUUUUUUCAUCUAUUGUGUAAUACAGUUCGUAAUUUGUAAUUAAUAGAAUUUGAAUAAUUAUUUCGUACUGAAAACGAAUAUCCAUUUUUUCUUGUUGAAUUUCACUAUUUAGUUAUUAUUCUGAUACUAUUUUGCUAGCAUAACUGUCCAAACAUUCAGUAUCACUCCUCAUUGAAGAUUCAGAAAUAUUCCCUUUACCCGUCAUUUAUCGUUUAAGCUUGUUGAGUUAAAUUUUCAUUUUAAAACUUUUCUACCAUUAUUCUAUUAAUAUGAUUAUUUUUAUUACUGAUGAUUUUGUUAUAGCUUUUAUAUGAAACAUAGUGAUACACACAAUAGAAUAGUGAGUUGAAUGUUUAUACUGUAUAUUAAUAUUUAUAGUUUUAUCAUGAAUAUAAAUUCCAGCUAUAAAUAUAGCGAAUA